AUGGCCCCGAUCUCCCCACCCCCACAACUCACCCACCUCUUCACCCUCCGCUGCGCCGUCGACCCCCCGAUGGAGAUCGGCCACGGCCCCUACGGCCGUCGCCGCUGCGUCCCCAUCAAAUCCGGCACCGUGCGCGGGGAUUUCCUCAAUGGGGAGGUCGUCCCCGGCGGGGCGGAUUUCAUGCUCGUCGAGGAGAAUCAAACCACGCAUGUGAAUACCAACUACGUGAUUAAGAGUGAUGAUGGGGCGUUUAUCUAUAUCCGGACUGAGGGAACCCGCUCCGGUCCUCCGGAGGUCCUGAAAGCUCUCAUGGAAGGCGAUGAUGAGGUUGACCCCGAUCAGUAUUGGUUCCAUUUGCAUAUCAAGCUGGAGACCGGGCAUGAGCGGUACCGGUGGAUGAACAAUAGGGUCAUUGUGGGGAGGGCGACGCGCGCUAAGGGGGAAGUUGCGUACGACGCAUAUUUUCUGGACAACAACUAG